CCGCGCGCCAUUGCCAGACGCGUCGGGAGCUGGCGUCAGCGACUCGCUUACGCAAAUGUCACCUUACAGCUUAUAAGCCACUAAUUUUACGCGCGGGAGUGGGCAAGUGAAACAUCAUCGGCUUUCAAGUGCACUCUCUGUUGUGUGCGCGUGUGAAUAUAUAUUUUAAAAAAAACAUUAAUAAACGUCAAGUUAUACAAGUCGAGUUUUCGCAGUGACGUCACUUCCAGUCAUGCCGGCGGCCGCUGCGAUGUUGAUGGCCGGUGGUGGGGAGCCGUUGAGGAUGGAAACGGAUGAUGUCAAAGGGGGUGAUGGCCUUCGUCAGUAUUACCAGACCAAGAUAGAGGAGCUGCAGUUGGUUGUGAAUGAGAAGAGCCAGAACCUGAGACGACUGCAGGCUCAGCGAAAUGAGCUCAACGCAAAAGUGCGCAUGCUGCGUGAGGAAUUGCAACUGCUUCAAGAGCAGGGCUCGUAUGUUGGGGAGGUGGUGAAGCCCAUGGACAAGAAGAAAGUUCUUGUCAAGGUUCAUCCAGAAGGCAAGUUUGUCGUGGACAUUGACAAGAACAUAGACAUCAACGAUGUGACGCCAAAUUGCCGCGUGGCACUGCGCAAUGACAGCUACACGCUCCAUAAGAUCCUUCCCAACAAGGUGGACCCACUGGUAUCUCUCAUGAUGGUGGAGAAGGUUCCCGACUCGACCUACGAGAUGAUAGGCGGCCUCGACAAGCAGAUCAAGGAGAUCAAGGAGGUGAUCGAGCUGCCUGUCAAGCACCCAGAGCUCUUUGAGGCACUCGGCAUCGCACAGCCGAAGGGCGUGCUGCUGUAUGGACCGCCAGGCACAGGGAAGACUCUGCUGGCGCGUGCCGUGGCACACCACACAGAGUGCACCUUCAUCCGUGUGUCGGGCUCUGAGCUCGUGCAGAAGUUCAUUGGAGAAGGGUCCCGAAUGGUACGCGAGCUGUUUGUGAUGGCACGCGAGCAUGCACCCUCCAUCAUCUUCAUGGAUGAGAUCGACUCCAUCGGCUCCUCCCGUUUGGAGGGCGGCUCAGGGGGUGACAGUGAGGUGCAGCGCACCAUGCUUGAGCUGCUCAACCAGCUGGAUGGCUUCGAGGCCACCAAGAACAUCAAGGUGAUCAUGGCAACGAACCGGAUCGACAUCCUUGACCCAGCACUGCUGCGGCCUGGACGCAUUGAUCGCAAGAUUGAGUUCCCUCCACCCAACGAGGAGGCCCGUCUUGACAUCCUCAAGAUUCACUCCCGCAAGAUGAACCUGACACGCGGCAUCAACCUGCGCAAAAUCGCAGAGCUCAUGCCUGGAGCUUCUGGUGCCGAGGUCAAAGGUGUGUGUACGGAGGCGGGGAUGUAUGCACUGAGGGAGCGCCGCGUGCACGUCACGCAGGAAGACUUUGAGAUGGCCGUCGCCAAGGUCAUGCAGAAGGACAGCGAAAAGAACAUGUCCAUCAAGAAGCUCUGGAAGUAGACCAGUGUUGGUGGGCACCCACUGCUGCGACUCCCCUUGUGCCAGUUGUAACCAUCAACAGUUUCCUACCUGUGGGUGUCUCUACACGGGUUGACUACAGUGAACACAAAUGACCAUGCCCUCUGAUUAACAUUUUUAAAAAAAUCAACAUGCAGGAGAAUUGAAAGGACGUUUGGAGAAAAGAUAAGAUGUCUCCUCUUUUUCUAAAUUUUGGCAAAGAGCCAUUCUGAAGAGAAAAUUCCUCUACUUUAUUUACUUACUGUAUUUUUUGCUGUUAUCGAGGGCCAUACAGCAACCAGCACUGACCAGCUUUGUGAAGUAUAGUCAAACAUGAUUAACAUGAUGUAGGGAUGCCUUCAGCAAAUUUACAAAGUUCUGUGAAUUUAUUGGAUUAAUGCGUUUAAUUGACACCCAUUGCAGACUUUAUAAAAAGUGCAUAUCUUGCAUCUUUCAUUGUAGUUAAGAAUGUCAUGGCUAUAAGCCUUAGGUUAUUUCAUGAUUGCAUCACUUGUAUGCAAGACCAUACCUAAUUAAUGCUAGGAUUCAGAUGAAUGAUAUCUUUGCUGGUUAACUGUUCUUGUUCUUUGUGUCAUUUAACAAGAAUUUGUUAACUUUUCGAUGGCACGUGAUGUUCAGUUUGUGGUUUUGACUUUUGAAAUGCUAAAAGUAUUGUAAUUGCAUUAGUGCUUUAAAGGUUGAGUCUAAAAUUGGUUUGUUUUCUAUUGGUAACUGACAUAAUAAUAAACGUUAUUGGUGACAAA